AUGUCGGAUGACAAGCCAGUUAUUGAUGUAAGUUCAGGUAACGGUAUCGGAGAACAGACUUCGGAUAUACAGACAGGGACCUCGACAUCCUCCCCAACAUCGGCAACAGCGUCAGCAGCAUCGAAGCUGGCAGAAGAAAGAAACAAUAACCAUCCGAAUGAAGACACAUCCUUACAUGGUGAAAGUGACCUUCACCAUGUAAGUGGUGACGGCGUUGCACCGGAUCUGCAGAUCGGUGACAAGCCAAGGUCAGGGAUUGGUGAGGAUGAGGAGGGAGGAGAGACAGGUAACCUUGAUGAGGAUUCGAAACCCCAACCUGAGACUUUUAAAGAUGGUAUUCCGUCAACCCCUGAUGGAGAAGGUCAAGCAGAUGAUCAGAAAUGGACGAACCAGGAAGGUACCCCGAAAGAUGAUAAAGGUGAUGGGUCCAUAAAUGGACAAGAAAAUAAGCAAAGCAAGACGACGCCACUACGACGCACAGGAAGCAAAAAGCUAGAGGGUAAUGGCGUCAAGAAGAAGCGCAUAAACUCAACGAAGGGGAGGCCAAAGUCACGAAUUGUGAAGGACGGGCCUCAUAACAGAAAUAGUUUUCGAGAAAGUAAAAGGGCAGUCAAAGAGACUGGAACAUAUUCAGAGUCCAAAGAAGGAUGUAUCAAUGAUGGGAUCUGUAGUGCUCCUGGCGAGGAGAAGGUACCAGACAAGACUAUAGAAACUGGUAAGGAGGAGGGGGAGGAUAGUCAAAGAGAACAAAGUGAACCGCAGCGUGUCGAAGAUAGUUUAAGCAUUGAAACGUCAAAAGGUGGCAGCACCAUGGGGAACGAUGACAAUUCUGAAGGAAAUUCAAACCUCUCCAAUGGAACGGAUCCAACGGUUGCCGGAUCGCAUCAAGAGCAGGAUGAGAAGGAGGAAAAGCCCAGUGGCGAUGACCGCCUGAAUAGCUCGCAGUCACGGCUAUCAGAACGUGACACCGUUACGUCGUCACACGGAGUUCGUGACGGGGUGUCACCGGUAUCACCAAGACGGCACCUCGAUUCCAGAGAUGCAGAGAACCGGAGCCCUGGACGGGUCGGAGACCGUGCGCAUGGUAGGCAGUUUGGGUCCUCGAGGCGUUCCUACAGACAUACGGUAAGUCAUGGCCAUGUCUCAAAGAACUAA